UUAUUAUUGAUCCAAUCCCCUUAUCCGUCAUUCAGCUUUGCCUGUUAAAGUCUUCAAGCCACAAAAGUUGCAGAGUAAGCAAGACAUGGCUGGAAAAGGAUUUAACAGUGAAAGAUGGUCUUUAAAGGGCAAGACUGCCCUCGUCACUGGUGGAACGAAAGGCAUCGGGUACGCAAUUGUGGAGGAGCUAGCGGGACUCGGCGCAACUGUACAUACCUGUGCUCGUAAUGGAGCACUGCUUAAUGAGAGGAUUCAAGAAUGGGAGACUAAGGGAUUUAAAGUAAGUUGUUCAGUUUGUGACCUGACCUCUAAAUCUCAAAGGGAGGAUCUGUUCAAUACUGUGUCCUCUGUUUUCGAUGGAAAGCUUAACAUUCUGGUAAAUAAUGCAGCAACAGUCACGCUCAGAACUACGAUCGACUAUAGUUUGGAAGAUUUCUCAAGCAUGAUGAGUACCAAUGUCGAAUCUCCUUACCACCUUUGCCAACUCGCACAUCCUCUCUUGAAGGCCUCAGGCAAUGGAAGCAUUGUAUUCAUCGCCUCCAUCGCUGGGAUGAAAGCCCUGCCUAGACUAUCUGCCUACGCGGCAACAAAAAGCGCCGUCAUCCAGAUUUCGAAGAGUUUGGCAUGUGAAUGGGCACAGGACAGCAUUCGAGUAAACACCGUGGCACCGUGGGCUGUCAACACUGGGGUUAAACCUGAUAGUGAUGAGCAUUCUGCUGACUUUAGACGCUUAAUAGGUCGAACUCCUAUCCGUCGCGUUGCUGAUCCCAAUGAAAUUUCAUCCUUGGUGACUUUCCUUUGCCUCCCUGCUGCUUCAUACAUCACUGGACAAGUUGUUAGUGUUGAUGGAGGAUUUACAGUUAGCGGCUUCUAGUAUACCCAAAAUAUAGGUUGCCAAGUCUAUAACCAUAUUCUCAUACUCACUUCUGUGUUCAUAGUUUGACAUUUUGAAUAAGGUUUGUGCAAACAGUCAAAAGAAAACAAAUUACUGUUCGCAAACAAGUCCUUGUAAUUUUGUCUGUUUCUAUAUAAAAUUAAGUUUUUGAUC